AUGGUAGCCAGCUCUUCAUCCAAGCAGUCGGCAGCAGCUACUGCUUCGUCUUCGAAGUCCAAGAAGGCUGCUUCCGCCAAAGCAGGCAUCGUAGGGGGAGCAGCGCGAUCUACUGCUGGCGAGCAGGAUGACGACGUGGUGCUGAAACACAGCAAGCCAUUUGGACAGGAAGGGUCUGACGAUGAUGAAGAUAUCGAUAUCGCAGAUGAUACUUUCCAAACGGCCGCAUCCAUGGAGGAAGAUGAUGAUCUCAUGAUCGGUGAAUCAUCCGUUUCCGCUACCGCUCCCACACCUGCUGCCACUUCUUCCACCCCUGCAUCCUCUUCGGGAAGCAAACCAUCAUUCGCACCGCUCUCCGCAUCCGCAGCUUCCUCGCUAACCGCUGUAGCCAAAGGUCAGCUUCGCAAGAUCCCCAUCCCACCACAUCGACUCACCCCGCUCAAAAACGACUGGCACAAGAUCUACACACCCCUAGUCGAAAUGGCUUCCCUCCAAGUCCGCAUGAACGUGGCACGCAAGACCGUCGAACUCAAAUCCUCCCGCUACACCACCGAACAGGGCAUGCUCCAAAAGGGCGCCGAUUUCGUCAAAGCCUUCGCCCUCGGUUUCGAAGCCGACGACGCAAUCGCCCUGCUCCGUAUGGACGACCUCUUCAUCGAUACCUUCGAGAUCAAAGACGUAAAGACCUUGCAGGGUGACAAUUUGAGUAGAGCUAUCGGUAGAAUUGCCGGAAAGGACGGCAGAACCAGAUUCGCGAUCGAAAACGCUAGUAGAACGAGAUUGGUCAUUGCGGAUACAAAGAUUCAUAUCUUGGGUAACUUUGGCAAUAUCAAGAUCGCUAGGGAUGCCGUGGUCGCGUUGAUCAGAGGUAGCCCGCCGGGUAAGGUUUAUGCCAAUUUGAAGACGAUCGGCGCUAGACAGAGACAGAGAGCGUAG